AUAUUGACAAACGCGCAGGUAGGCAAACGAAUGCUGGUACAUGAAUAAGCUAAACCAACGCUCACAUACCGCCUGUGAAUGAUUGAGCCGCCGCCUUUACCAGCUCUUUGCGACACAUCACCGCCUCCGACUUUGUGACAACUCACCUCCACGCUGCCGCUCUGACAUUCAUCUGCUCCCUACUUCCAGCUUCUGAUCUUGAGUUACCUACCAACUCAUACACCGAAAGCCCCCAAUCAUCUUAACAGAACGUCAAGGUCUACCCAGAAUGUGUCACAAACUCCUUCAAGUCUAUGCUUGCGGACACAACAGAACGAUCUGUACAACGCCGUGUCCCCAUGCUAUCGCUAAAGGCCGCUGCAUCCCCAGCGAUCGUGGAAAUGCACCGGAUCUGUCGCGCUCAAGUUCCGUUGUGUCUUCCAUGGCGUCCUCGUCGCCAGUUUUACCAGCGCGGAGAACCGAUGUCCAAGAUCUGCCGUCACAGCGUAAUCGUGAACCACAGGCUCAUCCUUCUCCGCUGAGAGCGGCGGUGCUGGGCAGUCAAGCACAACAACAGCAGCAGCAAGGUGGAGGCAAUGCUCCAGCGUUCCGCUUCAUGGCGCCGGGUACAGGACCAGAGGCGCCGGGUGCGGGAUCGGGUUAUACGCAGAGCCAUUCUACUUCCCCGGUGUCAAUGUCUCCAGCAUCUCCAAGUCCGAGUCAGCCUUCACCCACCUUCUCCACCACUGGCACUCUAAUCGAUGCGCCUAUCUCCACCUAUACGCCCUCAUCCUCUACAUUCUUCACGCCUGCCAACCCUGAAGUUGACGAUAGGUCAGUAGCCCGUCAGCACUGUGUCUCAUUCCUCUCUUUGCAUGAUCCGAUGGCUAACAUCUCAACAGUGCCGUAGAGCCCAACUUCUGCGCUUACCACUUUCCCCGUUACCUGCCUGGACUGAGAGUACCUUGUAAGGGGUGCUACCCGCAACCGCAGUAUGAGGAUCAACGCGAUGCGUGGAUGAAGCUUUAUCGCGAACAACAUCCGGGAGUCAAAGAUGAGGAUAUUGAGCAGUUGAGCGGAAUUAUGGAACGAUUUGGCUGAUAACCAUUUCUUCGGUGAAUGUGGGACAAAAGAGAGUCGGUAGUGGGGAUGAA